AAUCCAUAGAGAAACACUUCAGUAGUAAACGCUCCUUACCAACACCAUCAGGAAGCAUGUCUGUGCUGAAGAUAGCGGAUACCUUGGUUCGAGGACUGCUAACAGUGGUUGGGAUGGUGGUGAAACCCAUUCUUGCUGUUAUAUUCAGUCUGGUAUAUGAUUGGAGGUCACAGAAAGUUCCACCAGUGCAGGAGGAAAUAUGCCUAAAAAGUGCCACAGAACUGGCAAAACUGAUCAGGACAAGAAAGGUGAAAGCUGUUGAUGUGAUGGAGGCCUUCAUCCAUCGUGUAGGAAUAGUUAAUCCACUGGUGAAUGCAGUAACUGCCACUAGAUUUGAGGAGGCCAUUCGAGAAGCAGAGUUUGUUGACACUAUACUGGACAGUGGGCAGUUAGAUGACCGAUAUUCUGAGGAAAAUGCCCCAUUUCUUGGUGUUCCAACAUCCGUUAAGGAAGCUUUUGCUCUCAAAGGUUCUCCCAAUGCCUCUGGGCUAGUGAAGCGUAAAAACAAAAUUGCCACAUUUGAUGCUGAGGUGGUAGCUCGUGUGAAGAAGGCUGGUGCCAUUCCUUACAUUCUUACUAAUGUUAGUGAGCUAUGUAUGUGGUAUGAAUCGGCCAACAACCUCAACGGUCGUACAUGUAAUGCCUACAAUACCUCUAGGAUAGUCGGGGGCAGCUCAGGUGGUGAAGCUUGUAUUAUUUCCACUGCUGCAGCAGUGAUGGGUAUCGGAUCUGAUAUAGGAGGCAGCAUCAGGAUGCCAGCUUUCUUUAAUGGUGUGUUCGGGCACAAGGCAUCUAGAGGUUUGGUACCUAAUGAGGGACAACACCCAAUGGCCACUGGAGAGGAGAGGGAUCUACUGAGCACAGGUCCUAUGUGUCGUUAUGCUGAAGACCUGCUUCCACUACUAAAGGUGUUUGCUGGACCUGAGUCAACACAGAAGGCUAGACUUAAUGACCAGGUAGAUCUACACUCAUUGAAGGUAUACAGUAUGUUGGAUGACGGGGGUAGUCUGCUGGUCAGCCCAGUAGACAAACAACUCAAAGAAGCACAAUGUAAGGUGGAGAAGUACUUAGAAGAAAAGCUGAAAUUGAAGGUGGAAAGAGUAAAUUUACACCGAAUGAAGUAUGGUUUGGAAGUAUGGACGGCAAAAAUGAACACUGGAGGUGGAAAAAAAUUUGCAGAGCUUAUGAGUGAUGAUAAUGGCAAAGUUAACUGUGUGGUUGAGCUCUUUAAGUGGUUAGUUGGUUGUUCCCAACAUACACUGCCUGCCAUAAGUCUGGGGCUUUUUGAGAAAAUCCAAAUACCAGAAACAGACAAGAAAUUCCUGCGAGUCUUUAAGAAACUAGAAUCAGAUGUUACCAAUUUGCUAUCUAAUAAUGGAAUUCUACUUUAUCCUAGCCAUCCCAAGGUUGCCCCAUAUCACAAUGAACCUAUACUGUAUCCUUUUAACUUUGCCUACACUGGUGUGUUCAAUACUCUUGGUCUUCCUGUGACCCAAUGUCCUUUAGGCUUGAGCAAGGAAGGCUUACCUUUAGGUCUACAAGUCGUGACUGGAAUGAAUAAUGACAGGUACACCAUAGCACUUGCGAAGGAGAUAGAGAAAGCCUUUGGUGGGUGGGUGAAACCAUAAUGUUUUAUUACUGGGUAUUGUAUUAUUUAAUGGGAUUAAAGAUAUCUUCUUCCUCUUCUCAAUCACUCUACCAUUUUAUUUUGUGUAAUUUUUUCAGAGUUUUAAUUUGUUUCCAUAAUCAGAUCUUUCUUUCAUACAAAUUUUAUAACAAAUAGGAGACUUGGAAGAUUGUACAAAAAGACACACAAAUGAAUAGCUCCAGUUGAUAAAACGUUAGAGUGAGAUAAGAGCUGAAUAAUGAAGUAAACUGCCUAAAUUUUGAAGUCAAAGGUGACUUAGGAAAAUCAAAAAUAAUGGAAAGAAAAGGCUCAUAAUGCAAUAAAUAAUAAAUUUAGUGAAUGAAAAUGAGAGGUUCCUCUUUAGGCUGCCAUUUCAGUAUUUAUACCUGCUAAACAGGGAGAAAAACGUUGAAAAGAUUACAGUCUUUUAACAUUUUCAUAUAUUUUAUGUGUUUUAUGUAUUGCACAACAAAACUAUGAUGUAUGUUAAUAGUAAUUGUACAAAUAAGGGUAGGGCUUAGUUAUGUAUUUUGGCAUGUUUUAUUUAGGAGUAUCCUAAGCAUAAUAAAGGGACAUGAGAUGAAACUGGAGAAGGGAUCCCACAUGCUUUUUUUUUUUUUUAGUUUUGAAAUCUUUUAAAGUUACGUAUUACUUUAAGUAAAAAGAACAUUUAUUUCAUAACAACCCAGUGUCAAAUCACCAAUUGCGUACUUCAUGUGAACACAUAUUUAAUAACAUAAUAAUUUAAUGAUUGAAUUAAUUGAGACAGUUUAAGUCUAAUAAGGAAUAAUUUUGCAGCUGUAAUUUUAUAGCUGUUCAUUAAUACCUGGGCAAAUAAAGUGUACCUUUAAAAGGAAAGUUUGGAAAAAUAAAAAUCUAAAAAUGAUUUUGUUAGAGUAUAGAAAGGGAAAUGCACUUCAAAACUUAAUUAGUGUGAUAAUGAUGAAUAUUUGUUGAUUGUAACUAAACAUCAUAUGUAAAUGUUGUAUGUUCUGAACUGCUGCAUUUAAUUAUAAGAGUCCAGAUAUAGU